UAACCUUUUUGUUAUGAUAAUGUAAUAUUGCCCAUUUAAUUUGUAUGACUUAUAUUUAAAAAAUACAUUAAGGAAUGUACAUUAAUAGUAUUGUUGCAACGGUCAAAAAAGUGAGAAAUUUAAUUGCAUUAGCCACAUUAUAAAGUGGAUGCAGUGGUCCCAUCGAACUCAAAUUUUGUGUUUUUGCCCCCUACCCUACCCCACCCCACCCUCUCUCUCUCUCUCUCUCUCUCUCUCUCCUUUGUUGUGAUGGAAAGCAACUCCAAUACCUCAAAGCGUCGAGGCAGGCCUUCAGGGUCAAAGAACAAAACUAGAGAAGUGGUAGCAAAUACUCCUGAAAACAUGGUAGGGGAUAGUACGGGUAUGGCCAUACAACUUAAGGUCCUUGAGGUUGCCCCUGGGUCUGAUAUCAUUUCCGCAGUGCAUGAUUUCGCUAACCAAUAUCAAGUUUGUGUUAGUGUUAUCAGCACACAUGGGAUUGUGUCAAACCUCAAUAUAUACCAGCCAAACAGACCUCAACCUUAUUCUGUACUUACAUAUGAUAGCCUUUACGAGUUGGUGUCUCUAAAGGGAGACUUUUAUGGAUCUUCAUCCUCCAUCAAACCGCUACCACCCUUUUCUACUCGCCAUUUUGUAACUUUUUCAAGCUGUGAAGGGGAAUUCUAUUCUGGGAUUGUACACGGAUCAGUAACUGCAGUAUCUAAAGUGUUUCUGGGAGUUUCUGUUCUCACAGGAAUUGAUUCUAUCAAACUGCCUCUGCCUCAACCUCGUGCUUUACCUAAUCCUCAACCGUCUGUUAAUGUGAAUGAAGGUGUGCGUACACUAACUGCUGCUGUACCUGAGGAUUUAUCAGGUUAUGGGAUUGGAAGGUCCAUGGCGGCCUCGAUAGUUUCAUCAUCAUCAACCCCUUUGGACUUCUGGACUCCAAUGACCACGGGCUUUUCAUCAACCACCCUUUUCCGUGGGGAGAACGCUUGGUAAAUGCCAAAAACAGCUAGAUCUUGUUUUCCGAGGGAAAAAAAAGAGAGUAGAACUUAUAUACCAUAUGUGUUUGUUUGUGCAUUAGGAGGUCAUUUUUCUUUGUUUGCUGUCUGUCAAUCUUGUUUUCAUCUUAGUUGCUAAUUUCAGACAUGAGUGUCAAGAAGCACGUGCUGUUUGAACUCUGCUUAUCAAUUUUGUUGUUCAUUCAUUCAUAUAAUGGAUUUAAUGUUUUAAUUUUGUUCAGUGUGUUUGCUGCACUUCUAUGUUAUACACUAUUUUGUCUCUCUCCAUCUUUGCUUCUUCACUGUCAAGAGUGACUUUCAUUACUAAUUGGUUUCACUGCUUAUUUAGUUGUAUUUCGAUAUUAGUUUGUGAUAAUAAUGUUUCUUACUUGAAGUAUUUAAGCAAAUGGAUUGUAAUGCUGUGUUUUGUUAAGUCGGGAAACCCUAAAUACUUAAGGUAUUAUAGUUGGUCAUGUAAAGAAAACUGAAAUGGCCUCUUCUAACCCUUUUAAACUCAUAACUGUAAACGGAGGAUCAAAGAAUACUUAGUUCUAUCUGUUAACUAGACAGGUAAAACAAGGUAACUCCAGAUUUCAGAAUAGCCAUCAAUAAAUGUUAUGAACACCUAAAAUGGUCAACAAGGACCCUAAGCAUUGGGACAAGCUAUACAACCCGAGUUGAACGUGGUAGAUGAAUCGAAAUUGGUAGUGUUCUUACCCAUUAUAUUAUUCAUCUUUAAUUUAUGUCAUUGAUUAUUGAUAUAUAUCUUUAACCACAUUGUAACAUAUACAAGGAUGGCUUUUGACCUAUUUGUGAUUUGAUCUGAUGAGACGUAUUGCAGCCUGAUGACAGUUUGUUGUAUCUGAUCUAUUUACAAGAUAUUACGUGGAGAAGCAUUGGUCAUAGACAAAAGCCAGAUUUCGUUUUCCGCGGUUGAAUUCUAUUCCAUUUAUGUUUGUAUGUCUUAGAUGGUCGUUUUCGCAUUUAAUCGCUUACAGUCAAGUCAUUCUUCUUCUUGGUUGCGGAUUCCAGACACGUAUCAGAAGGCACUUUGCUGUUGCCAUACUCUGCUAUCUUUAUAGUUUAGUCAUAUUAAAAGAUUCAAUGCUAUGAUUAUUCCUAGUUUUAUUGUUACAUGUUCUAGACUAAAAGUGUCGAGUCUCCUUGCUGAUUAAAAUUCGAUACCGAAUAUUUCUGCCUGAUUCAGAUUUUAUCCAUAUGAAGCAUUAGUCAUAUAUUUCUUGUUCUUGAUUUUGGUCAACUCCUGAAGAUAUUGUUCAAUUAUUUCACUAUUGAGUAUUUUCCUGGACAUUGGUGACUUGGUGUGUCCUCCAAAACCUCAAUUAUGUAUAAGUUGAAACUGUGUAGUGCCGGCAUAAAUUAUAUUUUACCAUUGAUACAAAUGUUUAUGACUAAA